UCAGCUCAAGAUUCUUUGAAAUAAAACCCUAAACUUUGCUUUUGUAAGAACAAAUCACGCUACACAAUCCAAUCUCUACCGUCACCCUUUUUAAUCUAACGGUCUAUAUCAUCCCACCUCUCGUGCUUAUCAAUCCCCUCUCUUUCUCUUUUAGCACUCUCUCUUGCACUAUUCUGUUCGAAAGUCUCUCACUCAAUCUUUAGCACACUGAAAAUGGCUAAAAAAAUUUGUUAUUUUGUUGGCGAUCAGCCGAUUGGAAGGAUGGUUCAUAUUGAAUCUUCGGAUCUUUAAAAGAUUUCUGUAAAUUUACACAUACACAAUAGAUUAUUACGAAAAAACUUGUUUGGUUCAGUAGAUUGUUAUGCAAUUAAGGUAAUUUAGGAUCUAGAAGUUUGUAAAGAUCGUAGCUUUAUAAGUUUUGUUAAUUGAAGCUCGAUAGUAUUUAGUUUUUAUUUGAAGAGGUUAAUUUCAUGCAAAUGUUGUGAUGAUUACUGAUAGUUAUUCCAAGAUGAUGUCCGAUAUCGGAAUGCGAUCGGUGCUUUCUAACAACGAGGAGCUGAGCUUGCUGAUGAGGGAGAAGCGUAGGCAAGAGGUUAUUAGCAGUACUAGUAUGAUGAGUAACAGUAGCAGCGAUCGCGAGAGGGAGCUAAAUAUGUAUCGCAGCGGUUCAGCUCCGCCGACGGUGGAAGGGUCAUUGAAUGCAGUCGGAGGACUGUUUGGUGGUGGUGGUGGUCUGACGGCGGAGUUAGGCGGGAUUUCAGAAGAUGAGUUAAGGUCUGAUCCGGCAUACAUUUCGUAUUACUACGCUAAUGUGAAUCUGAACCCUAGGCUUCCGCCGCCGCUGUUGUCGAAGGAGGAUUGGCGAUAUGCGCAGCGCCUGCAAGGCGGCGGUGGAAGUGGGAUUGGUGGCUCUGCUAUUGGCGAUAGGAGGAAGGUAAACAGGGAUGAUGGGAGUAAUACUAGGUCUCUAUUUGCAAGCCAGCUAGGGUUCAAUGGGAACAAAGAAGAGAAUCAUGGACCGGGCGAAUGGAGGAAGUCACACAGCGGUGAAUCUGCCGCCGCCGAAUGGGGAGGCAAUGGGCUUAUCGGGUUGCCUGGAUUGGGGUCAGGAAGUAGGCAGAAGAGCAUUGCGGAGAUCUUUAAGGAUGACAUGACUCAAGCAGCAUCUAGUUCUCGUCACCCAUCUCGUCCGGCAAGCCGGAACACAUUUGACGACAACAUCGAACCCUCUGAAACCCAUUUUGGUCUUCACCAAGAUCUGGUUUCCAUGGAAGCUUUACGUUCGAGCCCAAACCAUCCUCACGCGAUGUCAUCAGCUUCUCAUACGUACGCAUCUGCACUCGGUGGUUCUUUGUCUAGAAGCACCACUCCUGACCCUCAACUGGUGGCUAGGUUGGCUAGCCCUCGCAUUCCUGCCGCGGGAGGCAGGGUUAACUCUGCUCCAUCUGAACAUUCCGACCUAGCAGCAGCCAUGGCAGGCAUGAGUCUAUCAGCAGAUGGUAUGACAAAUCAAGAAAACGAGAUUGAUGAGCAGAACACCCAUAUCAAACAUCCAUACCUGACCAACAAAGGUUUGUAUCUCAACAUGAGCAACCCUUCUUUUUCAGGCGAUGCACAAGGUUCUCCGGUUAACUCCCAUCUGAGAGCAGGUGGUUCUCCGCACUACCAACACAUGGACAGUCCAAAUUCACCUUAUUCAAACUAUGGGCUAGGUGGGUAUGUGAUGAAUCCUGCAUCACCUUCCAUGAUGGGUGGUGGCAUGGAUUCCAGAGCCAUGGGAGGUGGGUUUGCUUUGGGACCUAAUAUACUCGCUGCAGCUGCAGAGUUACAGAAUCUUCAAUACGCUGCUGCUCUGAAUGAUCCAACAAUGGAGUUACUAGCACUUCAGAAAGCUUACCUUUCAGGCCUACUAUCACCUCAAAAAUCACAGUAUGGUCUUCCUUACCUUAACAAAACAAACAGUUUAACACAUGGUUACUAUGGAAACUACCCCACCAGUCCACUGGCCGGACCUCUCCUCCCUAACUCAGGCAGCCCUGUCAGACAUGGAGAAAGGAGUCUUCGUUUCCCUUCUGGAAUGAGAAACUUACCCGGAGGUUUCACUGGAUCUUUUGAAGAAGCUUUUGCAUCUUCUUUGCUUGAUGAGUUCAAGAGUAACAAAACCAAGUGUUUUGAGCUUUCAGAAAUCGCAGGACAUGUUGUUGAAUUCAGUUCCGAUCAGUAUGGAAGUCGAUUUAUUCAACAAAAGCUCGAAACCGCUACCGCAGAAGAGAAAAACAUGGUUUUUCAUGAAAUUAUGCCUCAGGCUCUUUCGCUUAUGACUGAUGUAUUCGGUAAUUAUGUGAUCCAGAAGUUUUUUGAACAUGGAACUGCUUCUCAAAUAAGAGAACUGGCAGACCAGCUUGAUGACCAUGUUCUAACCCUUAGUCUACAGAUGUAUGGUUGCAGAGUAAUCCAAAAGGCUAUCGAGGUAGUUGACUUGGACCAACAAAGAAAAAUGGUGGCAGAGCUUGAUGGUCAUGUAAUGCGAUGUGUACGCGAUCAAAAUGGUAAUCAUGUUAUUCAAAAGUGCAUUGAAUGCAUUCCGGAAGAUGCUAUUCAUUUCAUCAUAUCAACAUUUUAUGAUCAAGUUGUUACAUUAUCAACUCACCCAUAUGGUUGUCGCGUUAUUCAGAGAGUCCUCGAGCACUGUAGCAACCCAAAAACUCAAACCAUAGUCAUGGAUGAAAUCUUGAAAUCUGUACGCAUGCUUGCUCAAGAUCAAUACGGGAAUUAUGUCGUUCAGCAUGUGCUCGAACAUGGAAAGCCACACGAACGCACGUCUAUUAUCGAUCAAUUAAUCGGGCAGAUAGUUCAAAUGAGUCAACAAAAGUUUGCUUCCAAUGUUGUUGAAAAAUGUUUGACUUUCGGUACACCCGAGGAGCGGCAGAUUCUUGUCACUGAGAUGCUAGGCACCACUGAUGAAAACGAACCACUCCAGGUAAUGAUGAAAGAUCAGUUUGCUAAUUAUGUUGUACAAAAAGUGUUGGAGACUUGCGAUGAUCGCCAACUUGAAAUGAUACUUAAUCGUAUUAAAGUUCAUCUGAAUGCUCUGAAAAAGUAUACUUAUGGGAAACAUAUAGUUGCUCGUGUAGAGAAACUUGUUGCUGCUGGAGAAAGGAGGAUUGGGAUACUGGCGGGAUAUGCUGCUGCAGCUUCCAUGGCUACUGCUGCUGCUGCUACUACUACUACUUAGGGAAAGGUUAUAGAAAGGUGAUCGAAGUUGUACAGCUAACUGAGUAUGAAGUAUGAAGUAUGAAGUCUGAAGUAUGAUGGAUGGAUGGUUUGUGUUUUAUUAGUUUUUUUUUUAUUUGGGUUUAUUUUGGUGCUAUGAAGCUCUUAUUCCGGGUUUAUUUGGAAGAUAUGUAAGAGUGAAUUUGCAAAUAAAAGAUUGUACAUUGUUAGUUUGAGGAUAUACCUAGGAAAUAUGGGGUCUCCGCCAUGGCUGAAAGAGGGUGAAAGAUGCCCGUGGCCUGAAGAGAGAGAGAGAGAGAAGGUAAGAUGAGUGUACUGUACAAGUUGUUUAAGCCUGUAAAAAGAGGAAAGAUAGAAGAAGAAGAAGAAGAAAGGAAAUGGAAGUGUGUGUUGUUAUGUUGUGGUGAGAGGUGAGGUGUGGUUGCAGAGGCUGUGGUGUAUUAGGAAUGACCAUAUAAGUUUUCCUUGUGUAUGAACUUCAUAUGUUCUGUUUUAUUCAGCUAAACCUUUUCUCAAA